UGACGUAAGGGAGUAGCUCGCGACGAGGGAGGGCGGGGGCGAUUGGAAGUUACGGAGCGGCUUCACGACACAAAGAGCCGGAAAUGAGAGGGCUGGCGACGGUGUGAUUUUUCUCGUUCUUCUUUUGCCGGUAAAUCCAGGGUGAAAUAAAACGAAAAUGCCGCUGUUCAAGUCACACAAAAGUCCAGCAGACAUUGUAAGAAAUCUCAAAGAGAACAUGGCAAUGCUGGAAAAGCAGCAUAUUUCAGACAAGAAGGCUGAAAAGGCCUCUGAGGAAGUGUCGAAAUGCCUGUUAACCAUGAAAGAGACACUGUGUGGUACCAAUGACAAGGAGCCUCAGACUGAAACAGUUGCACAGCUGGCACAGGAGCUAUAUAAUAGUGGAUUGCUGAUAUCAUUAAUUGCACACUUGCAACUGAUUGACUUUGAGGGCAAGAAGGAUGUCACCCAAAUCUUCAACAACAUUUUGCGGAGGCAGAUUGGUAUGCGCACUCCUACAGUGGAAUAUGUAUGUUCUCAUGAGCAUAUUUUGUUUAUGCUUUUGAAGGGGUAUGAAACACCAGAGGUUGCCUUGAAUUGUGGAAUCAUGCUGAGAGAAUGCAUCAGGCAUGAACCACUUGCCAAAAUAAUCCUUUAUUCGGAACAUUUCAGAGAUUUCUUCAGAUAUGUAGAGAUGUCAACAUUUGACAUUGCUUCAGAUGCCUUUGCAACUUUUAAGGACUUGCUUACCAGACAUAAAGUCACUUGUGGACAAUUUUUAGAACAGAACUAUGAUUUGGUAUUUAAUGACUAUGAGAAGUUGUUGCACUCUGAGAACUAUGUGACAAAAAGACAAUCAUUGAAGCUUAUAGGAGAGCUGCUUUUGGAUGCGCACAAUUUCACAGUUAUGACGAAGUACAUCAGUAAACCUGAAAAUCUCAAGCUUAUGAUGAAUCUCUUAAGGGACCAAAGUAGAAAUAUCCAGUUUGAGGCAUUUCAUGUAUUCAAGGUUUUUGUGGCAAAUCCAAAUAAAACACAACCCAUUCUGGAUAUCCUGUUGAAAAACCAGACCAAACUUAUAGAGUUCCUCAGUCAAUUCCAAGCAGACAGAACAGAUGAUGACCAAUUUAAUGAUGAGAAAUCCUAUUUGAUUAAACAGAUCAGGGAUUUGAAAAGACCAACGCCUCAACAAUCUUAACAUGCUUGGUUCAAAAGCACUGUCUUUGUAUGUCUUUGCUGUAUCUAUACAAUAUGAUCACUUUUUUUGUAGGAAAGGGAUUGUGUAGUAACAGUAACUCACCUAAUAUUUAUAUAUAAUAAACUAAUUUUAUUCAUGCAUAUUCUCUUUUGGAGUGCCUGUAUAUUAGUUUUACCACCUCCUACAUUUAAGGUUGUAUGUGAGUUUAGGAGUUUACAUACUUGCACAGUAGCAGUGAUUCUUUUCCCUGCUUUUAAAUUUUCAGGUAACCAAUGCUGAGGCUUGUAUGCUGUUGAUUUGGGCAUCAUGGCUAAAUGAGGCUUGCUACUGUUUUACUAUGUAAAUUAGUUUUUAUUUUGAUUAAGUUUAUCACAAUGGAUUAGGGAAGUCUGCAAUAUCACCUGUUCACAAUUGUAAAUGUUUAGAACCAACCAUUUCUGAAAUCUGAGUAGCUUUGAGAAUGGUCUUCCUAAAUUCCUGAUGUAAUCUCACUGAAAGGCACCCACCAUAGUAGCCUAACUAUAAAGUGGCCUCACUAUAUUAAUGUUUCACAUCUUUCCAUAAAUCCAUUCAUUUAUAUCAAUACAUUUUUCUCAUUGUGAACAGAUUAUGAUAAGCACAUGAUUGGUGAAUAUUUUCUUUAAGUAAAUAAAUGAAACCAUGUCCCUAUUUUUAUUUACUUGUAAGGGGUCAGGCUAUAAUUUGUUUUUGGUUGCACAUAUCAUUUUCCUUUUUAAAUUGUGUAAUUGUACAUAUGUGGUGUAUUCAAUGAGUACCUGUUGCAUUGUUUGGCUGCAGUUAAAAGUAACUGCUACCUUGAUCAAUUUUUCACAAGGUCACAAAUACAGUGUACUUUGAGUACUUUUUAAAAUAAAAGUUAUUAAACGCAAAA